AUGGAGUCCAUUCAGCUGGCCCAGAUGCUAGCUGAUAUCUCGGACCUCAGCGCCGCCGACAAGAAAGCAGCAGCCGCCCUCGUGAACGCGAACAAGGCCCUCAACCAGCAACAACAGACACAGGCCCAGGCUCAGAACCAGCAUGACGGCCUCAAGCCUCUCGCACCCACUGCCGGCGCAUCGCGAUCCUCUCCCUCGGUGUCCAACAGCCGUCUCGACAAGUUUGGACGCCGCAUCCUGACACCCCCCAUGACGCGAUCCAACUCAGCCCAGGGGUCCAUGCCCGGGACGCCGCGGGGAGGCUCUGACCCCGAGGACGACGUCGACCGCGCGAGCACGCUCAUGGCGCUUUACGAAAUUCGCAAUAAGAUUAAGCAGCAGGACAACACGAGUCUGAUCAGGGCGCGAGAGAAGAUCGACGCGAUGAUCGCGAAGCAAAAGGCCGCUGUCGAGAAGCAGGGCAAACAAGGAGGUGACGCGCCGCAGACACUGGAGAGACCCCGACCGACGUCGCGUUACACUUUCCCCAAGCCGGACGCGACGGGCAACACGGAGAGCAAGUGA